UCUGCACAGUGACUGCUAUCAGCUCGCCUGCAGGUUUCUUUAAGGCAUGCGCGUCUGCAGCUGCUCUUGAAGUUGUGCAGCCUAACCUCAGUGUUUCCAGCCUGGAUCUGUGGGAGUUCCGCUGAAGAUGUGGACCCUGGUGCUGAGCAGUGUUCUGACCGGCCUCCUGGCUCUGCUUCUGUACCAGAGGAUGGCUCACCCCUUCUUUUGGGUGGAUCUGAUUUAUUACUUGAAACUUCAGCGCUACAGAAAGAAGCUGCAGGCUCGAAUGCAGCAGGGGAUCAUCACGUACGUGGACUGUUUUCUGCACCAGGCUCGGACCAACCCCAGCAAAGCCUUCCUGGUGUUCGAGGAGCGGACCCUGACCUACCGGGACGUGGACCGGAGGAGCAACAAGUACGCCAACGCCUUCAGGACCGAGGUGGGCCUGAAACAAGGGGACAUUGUGGCCCUGUUGAUGUGCAACGAGCCGGACUUUAUCUGUGCCUGGUUGGGGCUGUGUAAAGUGGGCUGUGAGGUGGCCUUCCUCAACGUCAACAUGAAGUCCAGGUCUGUGCUCCACUGUCUGCACAGCUGCGGAGCCAGGACACUGGUGGUAGGCGCAGAUUUGGUCCAUGUGGUGGAGGAGGUGUGGUCCGACCUGAAGAGGGACGACAUGGUGGUGUGGGUGGUGGGUCACUCAGCGCCCUCUGAGGAUUUCAGCACUUUACUGGAUAAAGUGGAACAAAUGUCAGAUAAACUCUUGAGUGACCUUCCCAAAGUCAACGUCAUGUCAAAUUUCCUCUUCAUCUUCACUUCAGGCACCACAGGUCUGUCCAAGGCAGCCCGAGUUGGUCAUCUGAAAGCCAUUAUGAGCAUGGCUUUCUUUGACAUGUGUGGAGCCACAUCUGAUGAUGUCAUCUACAUCACUCUUCCUCUUUACCACAUGUCGGCCUCUCUGUUAGGGAUCGGAGGAUGCAUACACCUCGGUGCAACUUGUGUCCUCAAAAAGAAGUUUUCUGCCAGUCAGUUUUGGAAGGACUGUGUGAAAUAUAAUGUGACAGUGGUGCAGUAUAUCGGAGAACUGUGUCGAUACCUGGUCAACCAUCCCACAGUUCCUGAGGAGAGAGCUCACCAUGUUCGCUUGGCAGCAGGAAGUGGCCUGAGGACAGAUGUUUGGAGGGAGUUCGCUAGACGAUUUGGAAAGAUCAAGAUCAGGGAGGGGUACGGCUUGACUGAGGCCAGCAUCGGUUUUCUCAACUACACCGAUGAGGUUGGAGCGAUCGGAAGGGCCAGCUACUUUAACAAGCUUUCGAUGCCAUUUGAGCUUUUGAGAUAUGAUCCUAAAGCAUACGAGCCGGUCCGGACAGACUCAGGAAGAUGUAUAAAAGCCCAAAUCGGAGAACCAGGUAUCCUGGUAGCUCCGCUUACAGCUGUGAACCAGUUUCUGGGCUACGCUGGGAACAAGGUCCAGAGUGAGAAGAAGCUGCUCAGGGAUGUGUUCAAGACUGGAGAUGUUUAUUUCAACACUGGUGACCUCCUGCUCCACGACCACAGGGACUUUCUUUACUUCCGUGACCGAAUUGGAGACACUUUCAGGUGGAAAGGAGAGAAUGUCUCUACGACAGAGGUGUCGGACGUUCUGGGUAGUCUGAGUUUUAUCCAGGAAGCCAACGUCUACGGAGUCACCGUCCCAGGUAAAGAAGGUCGAGCAGGUAUGGCCGCCGUUGUCUUAAAACAAGAUGACAAAUUAGACGGCCAAAAACUCUACAGUCAUUUAGUGGAGACCCUGCCCUCCUACGCCUGGCCCUGGUUUCUCAGAGUUCAGACUGCCCUCGAUGUGACAGAGACCUUCAAACAACAGAAGAUGAAGCUGGUGCAGGAAGGUUUUAACCCAGAGAUCAUCCUGGAUCCACUCUAUUUCUUAGACAUUUCUCAGAAGAGCUAUGUUUUCCUGACAGUGUCUCUGUAUACAGAUAUUGUGUCUGGAAAGAUCAGCCUAUAAACAUGUCAGGACCACUGGACAGAACCUAAAGAUAAGCUAAAGGGACUCACUUAUCAGGGCCACAUUUCUAUAUUUUUAUAAUAAUAUAUUCAUGGGCUCAAACCAUGAUUCAUGGUGUUUCAACAGGGUCGCCCAAAAUAUUUAAUUUAAACAGAGCUACAGUAUAUUUACACAGAUAUUUACAUGCAUCAAUGCAGUAAUAGACAUUAACUAACAUUUAGUGCUUAGUUAAUGUCUAGUAAUCAUUUACUAAUGUGAACAAAGACAGAAUUCUACAUUUUUUAACAUUGAUUUAUCUAUAAACAUUUCUAACAUUUAAUUAACAGUUGUUUUAUUCUCAUUCUGGGUGUAGAUGUAAACAUCUAUAAAAACACUUUUCACUCAAUGAAAUGGCUCAACAGUGAACUUCAUAACAUGCAUGUUAAUAUAUUUAUCAACUAUUUAUUAAUAUUAGUUAAUCAGUUGAUAUAUCAAAAAGAGACAUUCAGUAACAGUUAAUUAUAGAUUAUUCUUGUAUUAAUAAGCUGUUGGUUAAUACUUUUUUCUAAUGCUAAUAUCACUUGAAACUUCACUGUACAAAUUCAUAUUUUAUUUAACAAGAACAGAAUUAGUAAGUGAUUACUGAAGACAUUAGUUGAGUAUUAACUGUCAGAUACCAUACCAUACCAUACCAUACCAACUUUAUUUAUAAAGCA